CUCCAUUUGUUUCACUUUGUCUUGUCAACAUCCUUGUUAUAAUAAAAAUAAGAAUGAUAAUUAUAACAAACAAGAAGAAUGAUGGUGAUGCAUGGAAAUGAAUAUAAACAUGUAAUUUUUUAUUUUUGUUUAUAAAAAUUUCCAAUGUAAAUAAACCAUGUACCACGUCAUUUUCGGUUUGUUCUCUCAAAUCCUCUCCGAUUUCGCUUCUCUGCACCUUACUUUCGUCACCAUGUAGGUGGAUACAUAUAUAGAUAUAUAUAUCUAUAUAUCUAUAAAUCUAUUAAAAGCUUAAGCUGCUAUACUUGAAUAGACCAGACGCGUAGUAAUACAAAGGAUUUUUCAUGGAAAAGUAAUUCUACUCCUACUUUUCUUUUUCUUUUUUUCGGUUUGUCUUUCUUUUCUGUCGCUCAACGUCCUCAGCAUCAUUCCAUCAUGCUGCUGUCUUGCGGUUUGAGUAUCCUGCUAUUUGCAGGAGCAUGCGUUGCCUCUGUACCAGAUCAGAAUUUAAAUGCUUUCAUCGAUGACAAGUCAAAAUGUCCUUCUAAUUCCAACCAAUCUCCUGUACGAUUCGAAGACAAGAUGGUUUUCUUACCGGUCAAUAAGACUCAUCAGGCGUUCUUUUCUUUAGAGUAUAUCAUACCUAACAACGAUCCUGACCAUGAACCAGCUUACGCAGAUAUUAUCCAAAAAUCAAACUCCAACGGAACCGUUCACUACAGUAUCCUUAAGCUUCAAGAUUUAUUUCAGGGUUUAAAACAUAGUAUCGAUGGAAACGACGAUUAUAAUACCCUUAAAAAUUCAGUAACCCAGGGAUUUUUGGAUCACGGUUUCAUCAAUAAUUAUGAUCUCAAAGCCAUAGUAGGUCCAAACCAUUUCAAGAGAAACAUCACAAAGCCCUGCACAGUCUUUUUUUUUGGCUAUCAACAAAUUGAGCCAACUGAUUGCAACCCGUUGCCGAUAAUUCGUUUUGAUUAUAAUUCUUAUGAUGAACUAUUCACCAAAUCCGAACAUACUGUUUUUGUUGGUUUAUCAGUUGUUACUAGCCUCAUUGGGUUGUAUUGGCUUCUUCGAUGUCUUUGGAGACCUAAAAGUCUUUCGUUUACUCAAUUCCUUCUACUUGUUUGGUAUUCUGCGUUUCUCGUCAAUCAUCCUAUAAAACGGACAUUUUACUCGGAUGAGAUCCUUUCCAACCGUGAUAUUUCUGUUCUCCUCCCAAUUUUUUCUUCCCUUUUUGGGGAUGCAUUUGAACGUCCGUUGUUUAAUUCGCUUGUCUUGGCUUUAACGUUAGGAAUGGGCUAUCUCCGACCUAGCUCAAAAAAAUUGGUUUUCUUGAUCCUUUUUUUAAACUGGAUACAAUCAUUGUUUAUCUUCUUUGCUCCUUUGAUGUUUCCUGUUCUUGACUUCAAAGAUUCUGCUAUCGCAUCAGUAUUACAAUUUGCUUGGAAAUUGUUUAACUUAUAUUAUAUACCUUUCCUUCUGACUAUCCGAAUGGCUGUGGUUUACCGAAUGCAUUGUAAACAUGCUUACUCUCACGGUGAUCAAUAUACAAAAGCUAAAAGAUUCGUUUCUCUCGUUUUUCUUUCUAUAUUUGUGAGUAUCGUUAUUUAUGUUCAUUAUGCCCCAUUCUAUAAUACUUCACGUGAGGUCCUAAAAUGUAUCGUCGGUACUCUAUUUUUUCAAAUCCUUGCCUAUUGCUUCAGCAGUUAUAACAAUUCAGGAUAUGGCUACAAAGAAAAACAUUUAAAAAAUCAUAUCCCAACAUACAAAGAUGAUCCUGAAAUGAACUUGUCUGUUUAUGAAUAAACUAAACACUCUUACCAUGCUUUUUCGUUUAAUAAAGCCAUUAUAUUACUGUCCUCUAUACCCAUUUUGCUAAACAUUGACUUAUCACAGGUCUAUAAAUACAUAAAUAGUAUAAAGAAAGCCUGUAUCUUCUACCAAAGUUCCAUCUUGUGGUAAACCUUGAUUUCCCAAAAACUUUUUAUAUAGUACGAAUAAAUAAUAUACAACCUUCAAGCCUUUGCUUACGCAAACAAAGUCUGUAUGUCUUCCAAAGAUUGAACUUGUUGUUCUUCCUUGGACAUCCCAAGCGUUCCCGCAAUAAAUUUUUUGCGUUCUUGAACCUUCAACAUUCUUUCCUCCACGCUGUCUCGAACGAUAAAACGAGUUACAACAACCUGCUUUUCUUGUCCCAAACGAUAAACACGGUCAAUGGCCUGAGAUUCCACUGACCAGCUCCACCAAGGAUCCAUCAUCAAUACAUGGUUUGCACAAGUCAAGUUCAAACCAAGCCCACCAGCUUUGAGCGAUAUGUUGAGAACAUUGAUUUCUGGAUCAUUACGAAAUUGUUCUAAUGACAUAGACCUUUGUUCCUGAGACAUUCUGCCGUCGAAUCGAGAGUGUUUUAUUCGCAGUGUAUUGAAAAUUUCCCCUAUGUAAUCCAAAAACCCAGUAAACUGCGAAAAAAUGACAAUCUUAUCGGAGGAAGGAUUGUUCAGUACUUUUUGAAUGUACUCCAAAAGUACUAAUACUUUGAUGGACUGAUAUCGGUUCCAAUGAUUCCACUGUAAACUUUUAUCCUUCAGCGUAAGACCUGUAGAUGAGAUUUCUCGUGGCUCAUACACAUCGUCUGCUUCAAAAGGCUGACGGCAAGUAUGACAAAGUGGAGGAGAUAUAUCCCUCUUUUUCUGGUAUUCUAUGUGAUCCUUUAAGCAACCCCGACAACAGACAUGUUUGCAUUUUAAUACCACAGGGUUUUGAAUGGGUUCAGAACAACAAAUUGGGCAUUCUGGAGCGAGAGUAUUUAAACUAUCCAUGUCAGGUAUUUCUCUAAUAUAAUCCGGGACCGAUGUUUUCUUCGAUGCAAACAUCCAAACUAAUUCAUGCAAUUCAUUUGAGUUAAUAUCUUGUUCUACUUCGUUGUCUUUUUUUUCAACCGCUUUGGGCAAAAGUAAAGGAUGACAACAAGCUUGUCGAAGUCGCAAUAGUAAACCUAAAAUCGCGGUAUAAUUCUUAAACAACGUCCCUGUAGCAAUACUUUCAUGAACCCUGCUUUUCGCUUUCACAUAUAAGGAAUCAUAUAUUCGCCGUUCUGCUUCUGAGAAAUCCAAAUAUAUGGUAUCAAUUGUGCGAUCGGGCAAGGAAACUAUAGGAUUUCCACUGAUGUCUUUCGUUUCUUUUGUUCUUCGUAAAACGAGUGGUUCAAGGAUAGAUUGCACCACAUUCAAGGCUUUUAGUAUGUCCUUUGCCUCAUAUGGUACACUAACGAAUGUACGCCAAUAAUUAUAAUUGCACCAUGGUUCUAUCUGUAAAAAUUUGAUUAUACUGUACAGAUCAUCCAAUUUGUUAACGAUUGGCGUUCCCGUAAUUACCCAUCGAUUCUGAGCUGAUAUUGCAUAACAUGCUUUGGCAGUUUUACUGCUCGGAUUUUUAAUUGAAUGACCUUCGUCCAGAAUUACCCGGUGCCAGUGAACAGAAAACAACCCACACGUAUCAGACGUGUUGGAAGACUCUGAAAGUAAAACGCCAUAGCUAGUAAUAACCAAAUCGGGAGCGCUUUUGGUAGCAGCAAGACUUUGCAAAUUUAUGGAAGUAUCUGAACCAUAAUAUACCAAUAUUUUGAAUGAGUUAGCACCAGAAACUUUCACUGCCUCGGAUUGCCACUGAUCCAACAAAGACAUGGGUGCCACUACCAGAGUCGUCUUCGCUGCUUUAGGAAGAUUAUUAGAGAAAGGAUAAUUUUCUACUGGUUUCUCAACAAUAUCGGAACUUCUCCUAGCAUGAACUAAGGCAAGCAUUUCAAUAGUUUUUCCCAGACCCAUUUCGUCAGCUAAAAUUCCACCACGAUGAUAAGGGGUCAUUGAAGGAAAAACUAACGUAAUAUCACCAGUAUAGAGAUUUACGAAAAAACGAUGGGGUUGUUCGUCCCUAGUAAAAUUAUAAUCUUCGGGAGACAACCCAGGGUCCGUAGGAAACAAAAAUUGACUCCAUAGUGGAUGCAGGUUUGAAGAUGUUUCUGAUUCAGCAUCACCCUUUUCUCUUUGACACAUCCAAUAAAGUGCCUGUUUUUGGUAUUCUCGUAAAUCUAGAUUGAAUCCUUCAGGAAUAGGAUGAGAAGGGAGAUUUGCUUCGUUUAAGCGAGUCCGAUCGUAUAGGGUACUUAACUGUUCACUAACAAUAUCAUCAUCUUCAGCAACAUCAGAAGUGGAGUUUUCAGAAACCGCCGUAUUUGCUAAGGAUGAUGAGGAUAACAAAAGAUCGUUUAUUUUCACGUUUGAUCCUGCAGCAGAAUUCUCAGUAUAAGGCUCUAAUGCUAUCCAACUAAGUAAACGAAGUAAAUGGUCUCUUUUGUUUUGGGUAUCUAUAAAAGCAGCUGGGUCAUCUUCAAUGAAACCAGUUUUCGCCGAAAACGGAGAUUGGUUUAACGAUGUGUGAGAAAUAUCAAGAAAACAAUAAAUCUGAAGUGUAACAUUGCUUCCUAAAUGUAGGAAAUCAUCAGCAUAAAUACAACUCGCUUCGAAAGACCACAGCUUUUGAGACAUCAAAGUACAUAACACCUGAGCAUUCUCUGAAGGAAGCUUUCCAAUCUCUUUGUGAUCAGCAUUAAAGAAUCGUAUAGAGUUGGUAUAUGUUGAACCUGAUGAAUUGUUAGUCUUUGAACGCUUUCUCGAACUCCGAUAUUGAGUUUUCGUAGGAGCUUUUUGCCGUUCAAGAUACACACGUUCACCAGCUUGUAAAAUAUUAGAUCCGGAUACAACUGAAUACGCUUCGACACCAAAGCAGCCAAUGUAUUUGCGAACUCGAUUAGAUUUAGUUAAAAAUGAAAAGGAUGUAAGAGAAGCAUUCCUAGGUGAGGGUCGUGAAGUAUUAUUAUGUUUAGACUGCGUAGUUAAAAUAGGAAAGUCAUCCAUCU